CCGGAUGGAGUGGAGCCGGACGAAGCGGGACGGAGCGGAGCCGGAGCACGGAGCAUUCUGCCGAGAGUCGAGAACACUGUUCAGUUCGAACGCGUUCCAGUGAGAACGCGGACCUCCACGUGAUUGCAUUAUGUGCCUACGGACGUUGCUGCUGCUCUGUGCCGUGGUCGCGCUGUGCCGGUCGACGGUCCAGCUGACAACACCUCGAAGUCCUCCAAGUGAAUCCACGGCGAGCCAGGCCGUCAAUCAUGACGCGCCGUCGUCACCGCGAAACACCCGAUAUAAAUACGAGAUCAAGACGCUCGACGUGCGCGUGGAUCACUUCAGUUUCGCCGUACAGGACACUUUCAAAUUGAGAUAUCUCAUAAACGACACUUGGCGAAAAACGGAGAACCCCCCUAUAUUCUUCUACACCGGGAACGAAGGCAGUAUCGAAGUUUUCGCAGAGAAUACGGGCUUCCUAUGGGAAAUUGCACCGCAAUUCGGCGCGUUGGUAGUAUUCGCCGAACACCGUUACUAUGGCGAAUCGCUGCCCUAUGGGAACCGGUCCUUCGCGGAUCCGCAGCAUCUUGGCUAUCUGACGUCCCAGCAAGCUCUAGCCGAUUACGUGGAGCUUAUCGGGCAUCUGAAGUCGCAACAAGGAUAUAAGCGCAGCCCAGUCAUAGCUUUCGGUGGCUCGUACGGUGGUAUGCUCAGCGCUUGGAUGCGCAUGAAGUAUCCUCACGUUGUUCAGGGCGCGAUUGCGGCCUCUGCACCGGUUCUGCAGUUUACGGGCAUUGUGGAAUGCGAGGCGUUCUCUCGGAUAGCAACCUCGGACUAUCGCGCCGUGAAUCCAACGUGCCCAAAGCUUAUCCGGAGGGCGUGGAGUACGAUUAGCAAUGUGACUUCAAAUGACGAAGGCAAAAAGUGGUUGUCAGACAAUUGGAAACUGUGCGAGCCGCUGAAAACUGCGGAGCAUGUCAAGACGCUGAAAGAUUUCUUGCACGAGGUCUACAUAAACCUGGCCAUGGUCAAUUAUCCGUACGAGGCUGACUUCUUGGCGCCGCUACCGGGUAAUCCAAUUAACGUUUUCUGUCAACAUCUGACAAAUGCAUCGUUGACGGGAAAACCGCUGUUAUCGGCACUUUACCGAGCUAUCAGUGUAUAUACAAAUUAUACCGGUAAAACGAGCUGUAUUUCCAUGAAUGCGGCACCGGGUUUGGACGCCGAUCAAGGAUGGGAUUAUCAGACGUGCACGGAAAUGGUGUUGCCAAUAUGUACCGAUGGCAUCAACGAUAUGUUCGAGCCGGCGGAGUGGAACAUUGGAGAUUAUAAUAAUACCUGUUUCAAAAGAUAUUCUGUAUCAUCACAACCUUAUCUAGUUUGUGAGCAAUACGGCUGCGGGAAUUUUACCAGCGCAAGUAACAUUGUUUUUAGCAACGGAUUGCUGGAUCCAUGGACGAGCGGAGGUGUGCUGCGCAAUUUAUCCGAGUCGGUAAUUUCGAUGUUGAUGCCAGAUGCCGCUCAUCAUCUCGACUUACGAGCGACUAACAGUAAAGAUCCGUACAGCGUUCUGUUGACGCGUAAGUUCCAUCGGCACUCAAUUACCAAGUGGAUCGAAGAAUAUUGAUUAGGAAACUUUUAAAAUUCGGUGCAAUGAAAGAAGUUCGCGAGAUUAUCGAAUUAACUCGCCUGUACCCCUAUUCUGUAACUCUUAACGACAGUGUCGGUAUCGUUAUGUUUUGUCGUUGCACAAGUAUACUAUG